AUGUCCACAGAAUUGAACAAAAGAGUCGUGACUGAGUACUUCAACGAAUAUUGGGGAAAGGGCAAUGUAGACAUUGUCGACAAAUUAUGUGCUGAAGAUUAUCUCAUUCACUAUCCAAUGCACGGACCAAGAGUUGGGAGAAACGCUUCGAAGAAAAUGUUGUCUGAGUUUAGAGAAGCAUUUCCCGACCUUUCAUUUGGAAGCUAUGGUGUACCUUUGAUUGCCGAAGGUGAUUAUGUUGUUGGACGUUGGAUUGGUGGAGGUACACAUUCUGGUGUCGCUUUUCACGAUCUUGCUGUUGGUGAGUUAGACAAACCUAACACGAGAAAGAAGAUAUACUUUUCAGGUACUUCCAUCUUCAAGCUCAAGGAUGGUAAAAUAGUAUCCGAGAUUGGUGAAGAGGGUGCUUUGACGGCUUUGCAACAGUUGGGAAUUGUUCCAGGACCCAAUCCAGGAAAGGACAUCAAGUAUGAUGAGGGAUAUCCAACAAAUGAAUAA